GUCAUAAUAAAUUUGAAUUUUGAAUCAAAUUCUUGAAGGCUAAAAACUUGAAAAUUUUUUAUUUUAUAAUUUUAAAUUCUAAUUUCUGACUCUCGUAAUCUCAUUUAAUAAUGAGUCUUUGGGUUGAUAAACAUCGUCCAAAAGAUUUAAUGAAGUUAGACUACCACAAAGACCAAGCAACAAGGUUAAAAAGUCUAGUGCAACAAAGUGAUUUUCCCCAUCUCCUUGUUUACGGUCCUUCGGGCGCCGGUAAGAAAACUCGGAUUAUGUGUUUGCUGAGAGAACUUUAUGGCUCCGGUGCAGAACGUUUGAGACAAGAAACAAUGCAUUUUACAACACCUUCUAACAAGAAAAUAGAAAUUAUGACUGUAAGCAGCAAUUAUCAUAUAGAAGUCAAUCCAACCGAUGUCGGCAUACACGAUCGUGUUGUUAUUAUGGAUUUAGUGAAGAACGUGGCGCAAACUCACCAAAUCGACUCGUCUGGUCAACGUGAAUUUAAAGUUGUCAUAUUAAACGAAGUCGAUGACUUGACAAAAGAUGCCCAGCAUGCCUUACGUCGCACUAUGGAGAAGUACGUGACGACUUGCCGUUUGAUCCUUAUUGCUAAUUCUAUAUCCCGCGUAAUUCCUGCAAUUAGGUCCCGUUGUUUAACAAUAAGAGUGCCGGCACCCACAGAAGCGGAAAUCACCAAUGUGUUACAAUCAGUCUGCAAGAAAGAAGGCUUAAAUCUGCCCACUGACUUAGGUAUGCGUAUUGCUAAAUGCUCAGAUAGGAAUUUGCGCCGUGCUCUUUUGAUGUGCGAAGCAUGCAAAGCACAGCAAUAUCCAUUCACAUCUGAUCAGAAGGUGCCUGAACCUGAUUGGCAAACUUUUAUAAGGACUACAGCCGCAAUGAUUUUAUCAGAGCAGUCUCCAAAGAAACUUGGUGAAGUACGCCAAAAACUGUAUGAAUUAAUAAUACAUGGGGUUCCACCAGAUAUGAUUUUUGCCGGGCUACUGAAGGAGUUGGUCCAGAAUUGCGAUAUGGUUAUGAAAUGUCAGGUGGCCAGCUAUGCUGCGGAGUAUGAGCACAGAAUGAGGCUUGGAAAUAAAGCUAUAUUCCAUAUUGAAGCUUUUGUUGCAAAAUUUAUGGCCAUAUAUAAAAAAUAUGUUGAAGAAUCGCUGAUGUGACUUAUUGUAGUAUUAUUAUAACAAUUGAUUGAUUGGUAAACUUGUGAAAUCAGUGGACAUUUUACUCCUAAUGCCAGAAAUUAGAGAAUCCAUGACACUCUGCAGGGCUUGAGAGUUACCUACUUUAGAGCUUUUGAAAAAAAUAUAUUGACUACAGUUUGUUUCAUGUAGAAUGACAGUUUGUUUCACUCGUCAAAGUUUGCCACAAUUCACGAUAAUAGUACAUAUGAACCUCAUACAGGCGAUUGUCACCGUAACCACUAUAUGUGAAAAACACAAAUGACUCUUAUUAUUAAAUAUAAUGGAAAAGAAACCAAUUAUUAAACUUAUUUUAAGCAGUUGGAGGAAAAGUGCCUUGUAAAGUAAGAGAAGUCUUGUAUCUAAAUAGAACCAAAUUUUCCAAUUCCAAUUAAAA